CUGACGGUCAGAUUCGAGGAGAUUAGUCGUCCGUUGACACAUCUCCCCGAACUCCCUUCCCAUCGACUAGAAUGAAAAUCGCCUGCGGGGUGGCACUCGGAGUGAUUAGUUUUCUAUGAAAAGAAGCGUUCCGAGUGUCACCCUGCCCGCGAUUUUCAUUCUAGUCGGUGGGAGAGGAGUUCGGGGAGAUUAGUCGACCCAAAGAAUCUGCCCGUGUGUCUCUGCUCUUAACACAUCCGUACAGUUGCUCCCUGGCCAUUAGCAAUGGUGAUUUAUGACAAUGUUGUGAUUGGUAAAUUUCCAAUAUAUAUUCAUUUUUUAUUCAUUGUGUCUCUGGGGUUUAAACUGAUCUGAAAAGAUUAUUGCUACAGAAAGCAGUAUUUGUCCAGUUUAUAUUCUCUGUACUGCUGGUUCUGACUCUUGAAACAUAGUAGCACAAGCCAGAUAGAUAAUUUGACCUAAAGGGAAAUUGAGUUCUGCCAAUUUGUAUCAGGAACAGUAAUCUAUUGCAUUCGCAGAUAACUUUAGUACCACUGAAAAUGUGUAAUUAAAGUAUUUCGGAGAUUAUUUUAGAUUUUCAAUUAUUAUUCUAAAAAAAACAGAGUUUUUGGGUUGAUGAUUCUUUAAUACGACACUGUCUAGUGAAUGUCAUUCUAAACUGCAAGAUGAAGCAACACGUUUCCCGUCCUAUCUCUAAGGCGUCUAUGAAGACGAGUAAGGCCUGCGCCACAUAGCCGCUCUGCUUUUCUUUUCACGUCAGCAACCGCAUUGAAUCUCGCGACAGUCGUACGCUACACCACGGCCUUAGUCAGUUGCCAUGGCAAAAGGGCGGUGACGAAAUCUGCUUUAUAGUUAUUGGCGGUUGAGUCGGACUAGAAGCCCAAUCAGCUCGCUUUGACUCGACAUGUUGGGCGGUCUCGGCGUUGAUUCGGCGACGCUUGGACACACCCACUAAAGGGCGGAAGUCAUUGCAGCUGUUCUCUAGGGAGCCGCGUGCAGGGAAUGAUCAGAGCCCAGUCAGCAAGGCGGCUGGUGACACUGGACUGUAGAUCUUUAGCCGCUCUCAUGUCAGAAGGGUCGCUUAAAAGAAAAGAGCCUAAUGGCGAGCCUGAGGAGGGUACAAGAAAGAGGAGACAUAAGAAGCAUAAAGGCGCAGGAGACGGGAACCGAUUUGUGCCGCCUCCGGUGAAGCGGAAAGUAGGGGUGAGCUUUGGGGAUGAACACUUCCGAGAGACAGAAUCCUACCUGGAGAAUGGGCUGCGCAAGGUCCGUCCUUAUUACUUCGACUUCGAGACCUACUGCAAAGGCCGCUGGGUGGGGAAGAGCCUGCUGGAGGUGUUUGCCAAGGAGUUCCGUGCAGAGCCACUGGAGUAUUAUGAGCAGGCCGCCCAGGCUGGCAGGCUCCGGCUCAACGAGGUGCUCGUCCGAGAUCUGAAUGUUGUGCUUAAGAACAACGAUUUCCUCAGGAACACUGUGCAUCGCCAUGAGCCUCCUGUUACGGCUCAGCCGCUGCGUAUCCUAGCAGAAAACGACGAGAUGGUAGUAGUAGACAAACCUCCCUCCCUUCCUGUCCACCCAUGCGGCCGCUUCAGACACAACACAGUAAUAUUCAUCUUGGGCAAAGAGUACAAUCUGAAGGAGCUGCACACUAUUCAUAGACUGGACCGCAUGACUUCUGGUGUGCUCAUGUUUGCCAAGACCUUAGAUGUGUCUAAAAAGAUCGAUGAGCAAGUGCGGCAGCGACAGCUAGAGAAGGAGUACGUGUGCCGCGUAUGUGGUGAAUUUCCAGAAGAAGAGGUGACCUGUGAGGAGCCCAUAUUUGUUGUUUCCUAUAAGAUUGGGGUGUGCCGUGUGGAUCCCAAAGGGAAACCUUGCAAGACUGUCUUUCAAAGGCUAAGCUACAAUGGCAAGACUAGUGUGGUGAAGUGCUUCCCUUACACUGGCCGCACUCACCAGAUCCGAGUCCAUUUGCAGUAUCUUGGACAUCCCAUUGUCAAUGAUCCAAUAUACAACACGGAAGCCUGGGGACCUAACAGAGGAAAAGGGGGUGAAGUCAACAGAACAGAUGAUGAACUUCUCUGGGCCCUGGUAGAGGUGCAUAAAUCCAAACAGAGUCUGGAUAUCCUUGAUAUUUCAGAAGAGGAUCUUCAGCCCAUUGUGGGAAAUGUUGGCUUAAAGUCCUCCACAGAACCUGUACAGAAAGAGCCUAGAGUACCAGCAGAUCCCCAAUUAAAAGAUGAGCCACAGCAACUCACAUUGACUGAAAAUGUCAGUUUUGAGAAGACGGAUGGCAGCGCUGCAUGCAGGAGUACAGAGGAGCCAAGGCAAGACUCCAGGGAUUCUCUGUGUGGAGAGUGUAAGAUUGUAAGGGCAGAUCCUUCACCCACAGACCUGGUUAUGUACCUUCAUGCCUUGCGUUAUAAAGGAGCAGAAUUUGAUUUUUCAUCGGAGAUGCCAGACUGGGCACAAGAUGAUUGGCAGGAGGACUGAAAGCACUACAUGGACUAGGCUGAUGUUUGUGCCAGAUGGAUGCUUUUAUUGUCUUUUGAUUUUCUUUUUAAUAUAGUUGCUGGAAGUGACCUUUAACAUCCUCUUUUUAUUUAAGUUCUUCAUGUCGCUACAUUAAAUGAAGUUUGAAUUGUUAAAAUGCAAAAAGGAAACCAUGAAACGAAAUCUGAUUGAAUAAAGGGCUAGUGACCUAA